UUCGCCCUAACAAGGAUGUUCCCUCAGCACUACCAAAGAUGUUCACCUCACUCUACAAAAGAUGUUCACUUCGCCCUAACAAAAAUGUUCCUUUCACACUACCAAGGAUGUCCCCUUCGCCCUAACAAAGAUGUUCCUUUCACAUUACCAACGAGGUUCCCUUACAAAUUAUUCCUACCAAGGUUGUUCCUUUCAGACUACCAACGAGGUUCCCCUCAUACUACCAAAGAUGUUCUUUUCGACCUAACAAAGAUACUUUCACACUACCAACAAAGUUCCCUUACCCCUACACAUGUUGGUCACACCAAAGAAGAGCCCUGAUUUCGAUAUCGAUAACAAUAUGACCAUAUGCACCUACACAUAUCCCUAUGACAACAUCUUAAUCCCUCUUCAAGGCAAUUUCUACUAUUUAUUCGUUUCCUUCGGCAAAUGUUGCGCUGGUCUUCAAAGCACCUACAGCAUUCAUGUCGGCCGCUCCCACCGUCCAUCAGGACCUUAUCUAGACGACAAAAAUGUUCCGAUGCUUCAAGGAGGUGGAAUGCUUUUGCUUUCAUCUAAUGACCAAAAAAUAGGCCCUGGAGGGCAAAGCCUGUUAAAAAUCAAAAAGAAGGGAAAGAAAAAUAUGAUAAUUCUUGUUUAUCAUUAUUAUGAUGGAUUGGAUAAUGGAGUACCCAAAUUGGGAAUUAAACGAUUGGGAUGGACAGCUGAUGGAUGGCCGUUUGUUAAGGAUUUGUAA